AUGCUAUCGCGACGACUUCCUUCUACGGCGGUUUCUUUCUCAUGGCGGCGGUCCAGACUCCCGAACUUGGUCCCCACUCAGACGGUGCAGAUGGUUCAGACAUCCCUCGAGUCACUCUCCGUUUGCCCUAAUAAAGUUUGCAUGAUUGCCUUCUGUUAUUCCACCAGUCCUCAAAUAUCCGCCGACUUGACCGACUCAAUCCCCCAACCGCCGUCAAAACAAGGUCCUCUUCAACCCGGUCUGUAUCUAGUAGGAACUCCAAUUGGAAACCUCGAAGAUAUCACUCUACGAGCCCUCCGAGUCUUAAAAUCAGCUAAUGUAAUACUUUCAGAAGAUACCAGGCAUUCGGGAAAGCUGCUCCACCAUUACAAUAUUAAAACUCCCCUUCUGAGCUAUCACAAAUUCAAUGAAACCCAAAGGGAACAAACUGUGUUGAAGAGGCUGAAGGAAGGUGAAAUUGUGGCGCUCAUAAGUGACGCUGGGAUGCCAGGCAUCAGUGAUCCUGGCACCGAAUUGGCAAAGCUAUGUGUGCAUGAAAACAUCCCUGUUAUUCCUAUACCUGGGCCGUCCGCUUUUGUUGCUGCCCUCUCUGCCUCUGGCCUAUCCACUGAUGAGUUUACGUUUGUUGGAUUUCUCUCUAAACAUGCUGGAUCUAGAAGAGAGAGGCUGAUGGUUUCAGCAAAUGAGGCGACGACACAAAUAUUCUACGUGCCUCCCCACAAGCUUCGUCAGUUUCUUGGAGAGGCUUCUUCACUUUUUGGUGUUACAAGACAAUGUGUCAUAGCUCGUGAAAUUACAAAAGUUCAUGAAGAGUUUUGGCGGGGUACAUUGGGAGAAGCUGAAGAAGUGUUUUCUACUCGGACUCCAAGAGGUGAAAUUACAGUGUUAGUUGAAAGAAAGGAAAAUUCUCCGGUUGAAACACCAUCAGAGUCUCAGCUUGAGGAUGAGUUAAGAGAUUUGAUUUCCAAUGGGCAUAGCCUUUCUACGAUAGUGGAACAUUUCAUUGAGGAAAAUUCGCAAUGGCAUCUUGUGAUGGAUAUGAUGCAGCAGAUGGAUCUCAUUAUGGAGGUCUUGGUUGGGGCAGUACCACGUCACACUCGUACAACCAUUCUCACAAGAAAAGGAUGUCUUUCUUGUGCGAGUGGUCGUGGGAUAACAUGGCUGGGCCGCCUCACUCAAGACUCUCUCCUCUUCAUGACUACCUUUAAGCCCUAUGUUUUGUCAUUUUCUGCUGUCUCUCUUGAUCAUGAACGUUGGGGUGUUUGA